UUAUACAGUUUAUCUAUAGGACACGUCAGUAGUAAGGAUUACAAGAAUGUAUUAAAUAAACAACUAAAUUAUAUUAUAUCUAAAUAACCAGCUUGUAGACAUUAUAAUGAAUUUAAUAAUUUUAGUGAUUCUUUUUUGUAUUACAAUAACAUAUGCUAAUGUAAUAGUGGAAACUAAGUUAGGUAAAGUGGCCGGUAAGAGAGUGGAUUCAAUUAUUCCAAAUGAGAAAUAUUAUUCUUUCUUAGGCAUACCGUAUGCUGAACCACCAGUUGGUGAACUAAGAUUCAAGUCUCCAAAACCUCAUCAAGGAUGGACUGGUGUUCUAGAAGCAAAAAAGGAACGAAAAGCAUGUCCACAAUUCUAUUUACCAGUCAGAUCAACAAAAAAAAUUGGUUUCUUCGGUAACGAAGAUUGUUUACAUCUGAGUAUUCACACGCCCAACGUCCCUGAACAAAGUCAAAAUCUUCCCACAAUUGUGUUUUUAUACAAUGAACAGUUUCGUAUAUCCUUCAAUGGUACAAAGGAUUAUAACCCAGACUUUUUUAUGAAAGAAAAUGUCAUUCUUGUAACGCUUCACCACAGAAUAGGAGCACUCGGUUUCCUUGCAUUUGGAGACGAUGUACUUCCUGGGAAUUACGGUCUUCGGGAUGUUUUAUUAGCUCUAAAAUGGAUUCAAGAAAAUAUAAAAAGUUUCGGCGGAGAUCCAUCGAAAGUAACAUUAAUGGGCAGUCAAGGUGGUGGAGCUAUCGCCGAUAUACUUCUGCAAUCUCCUAAAGCUGAAGGCUUAUUCAGUGGUGUUAUUUUACAAAGUGGAUCUUCAUGGGACCCGAUUUACUUAGAUACGAAUCCCAGUAAAAAAGCAAAAGGUCUCGGUGAAGAGUUAAAAGAAACCGUAACCACAAGUUCUUAUUUCUUAAAACGUUUGGCGGAUUUCUCAGCACAAAUUUUAGCGGAAUCUGAACAUUUAUCUGUACAUGCAGAUGAUGCACGAGCUGUACAAAGAGGAUUGGUUGCUUUUGGGCCGAGUGUUGAACCUAAUCAUCCGGACGCGUUGAUCACAGCUCUACCCGAGGAUACGAAUUUUAAAAUAAAUGUACCUGUCAUGAUAGGUUAUAAUUCACGAGAAGGCAUAGAAAUGGGGGAGAGAAUCUUGCACAAGCCGCAGUAUCUGACAUUUGCUGAUAGAGAUUUCCUCUUCAUGUUACCUAUAAGGGUUAAAUUCCAUUUUCAAAUCAAUGACCAUGUUUAUUACGAUGCUAUCGAAAAAAUUAAAGAUUUUUACUUUGACGAAGGAUAUAUAAAAGUUAGUAAGCCUGGAGAGUUUUUGUCUUAUUUGAAUGAUAUAAGUAUUUUUUAUAAUACUGAUUAUGCUGUUAGGAAGUAUACGAAUAUUUCGAGUUUCCCAGUAUAUUAUUAUGUUUUUGACUACAGUGGAGAAUUGAAUAUGAGAAAGAAGGCAUCACUUCAAAAUGCUGUCAAUCUAGACGAAACCUGGGGAGCUUCGACAGCGGAUGAAUUAUGUUAUCUAUUUAUAUGCAAUCCUAGAAAUGUUUACAAAAAAUUACUCGAAGACGAAGACUCAGAAGAAAUUAAAGUUUUAACUAACAUGGUUAAGAUGUGGACGAACUUUGCUAAAACUGGGAAUCCUACACCACCAGGAGAAAACUUUACGUGGAAACCGGCGACAAAAGAAAGUAAAGAAUGUCUUGUUAUUAGUGAUGAGCUUGAAAUGAAGACUAACAUAAACGAAGAUAUCGUGAAUUUCUGGGAUGAAUUCAUAUCAACAUACAGCGAACGAGCAAUCGAUAAUGUUAUAAAAGACGAAUUAAAAGAUGAAUUGUAACAAUACACAAUAUGUUUUGUA